AGGAGGAAGUAGGGCCCCCCACCAGAUCCUGAACCCAGGUGCUCUCCACCCCCUCCAGACGGUGGUGGGGGGCGGGGGGGGCGGCUGCUGCGAGACAACGUUCAUCGAGGGACUCCGCCCCAACGCCAGGGAGGUGUACGACAUCGAGGACAUCUCCACGCUGUCCUACGACAUCGAGGACGUAAAAGUCUCCACGCUGUCCUACGACCCAAAGAUCUCCACACUGUCCUACGACAUUGGCGAGGACCCAAAGAUCUCCACGCUGUCCUACGACAUUGGCGAGGACCCAAAGAUCUCCACGCUGUCCUACGACAUCGAUGAGGACGUAAAAAUCUCCACGCUGUCCUACGACAUCGGUGAGGACGUAAAAGUCUCCACGCUGUCCUACGACCCAAAGAUCUCCACGCUGUCCUACGACAUCGAUGAGGACAUAAAAAUCUCCACGCUGUCCUACGACAUCGAUGAGGACGUAAAAAUCUCCACGCUGUCCUACGACAUCGAUGAGGACGUAAAAGUCUCCACGCUGUCCUACGACAUCGAUGAGGACGUAAAGAUCUCCACGCUGUCCUACGACAUCGGUGAGGAUGUAAAGAUCUCCACGCUGUCCUACGACAUCGAUGAGGACGUAAAGAUCUCCACGCUGUCCUACGACAUCGAUGAGGACGUAAAGAUCUCCACGCUGUCCUACGACAUCGGUGAGGACCCAAAGAUCUCCACGCUGUCCUACGACAUCGGUGAGGACGUAAAAGUCUCCACGCUGUCCUACGACAUCGAUGAGGACGUAAAGAUCUCCACGCUGUCCUACGACAUCGAUGAGGACGUAAAGAUCUCCACGCUGUCCUACGACAUCGGUGAGGACGACGAGUUCCAGGAGCUGGAGAGUGAUUCCUCCAGCCAAUCAGAGAGCGAGGAUGCCUUCCUGCUGAUGCCUCCCAGCAGCCACCUGGGCCUCAGCGUGUUCUCCAUGCUCUGCUGCUUCUGGCCGCUCGGCAUCGCUGCUUUCUACCUGUCACAUGAG